ACAAAAGAAUUAGCAAAACUUCUUGAUACACUGGACAUUGACGAUAAUGCCUCUAGUUCAGCUAAAAAUCAAAAGCGACACAGUAAUCCGACAGAUAUUACUGGAGUAAAAAACGUAGAAUCAGAAUUAGAAAAAGACCGUUUGGAAGAAGAAAAAAUACAAUUAAAAAAAUUAUGGGAUCAAGAACUCGAAGAAUUAUCUCAGCAAAAAGAAUCAAUCGAACCAUUAAAUUCAACGCCACCGACAUUACAAGUGGAGCAACCUUUAUCAAGCAUUCUUCUACAAAAACGCCAAAAAGCAGCUACGCCUGAUAUAACAAUAAUUGAUGAAUUCAAUGCUGGUGAUUUGGAAGAUGACUUUUUCGAUGAUGCUCCCGAUCCGGUUGUGGUAUUGCCCCCAGCUACCCAAUCUAAAGAUGAUGAAGUAGAAGAUUUGGAUUCGAAAAAUCCGAUGGUUGCUACCGAUGAGGACCUUGUUGGAGUUGAAGGUUAUGAUGACGUAGAAGAUGAUAAACCUAAUAUUCGUCAAAGUUUUAAUAGUAAUCUUGAUAUCUGGAAACAUCGUUACAAUAAUGUAACUUUAGCGAGUCGAAUAAGUGAUAGCAGUGAUGACGAUUUAACACGAACGAUAUCUGAACAAAGAGAUUUACAUUAUACUUUUGAAGAAGCAUCUUUUGAUACUGAAGGAACGCCUAAUGGCUAUGAAGAGAUCGGUGAAGGUCAAAAUAAUCCAUGGGCAUAA